AUGGUUCGUUUGCCCUUGUUCUUUAACCUCUUUGUGCAAAACGAUUUGUUCCUAAAACCAUGGUGUUACUGACAAGAAUCGUGGAAUUUUUAGAGGCUUGCCAAUCUUCCGACGCGCCUACGAAGCUAGUUUAUGUUUGAGUUCACUGUUAUGCCCACCAGACUAUACAAUCACUCUUCCUCCUUUUACCAGAACCAUAUUGAACUCCCUUUUUGGUUGCGUAGAGUGAAAUUUUAACAUUACGUCAUUUUAAGCCAACGCGGGUUCCCGAGUGCUGUACAUAAUUAAGGGGUCACCUGGAGGUAGUCAAUAAUUUCCUCACAGAAGGGGACGAAUCCAGCGAAGUUGGCACUCAUCAAGGCCUCUGUCUGAAAGUGCAAAUGCGCUACACAUCUGUGCAGAAGAGUAGUACCGGUAGUACUGGGGUGACAAUUUCUGGCUUAUUAUCCGUCGUCAGUCAGUCAGCUUUGCCUGACUGCAGGUUUGGGGCUCCUAAGGUUCGGACUAGCGUUCUUUCAGUUAUUAGUGCAAAGCUCUAACCACUAGACCACAGGUUCGUUGUCCCUUCGGUUGAGAUCGGGUAUAAAAACUGCUAGAUGGCGCUCACCGGUCGCGUUUGGGGGACAUACUCCUUCCGUUGUGCCUUGGGGCUAAUAGGCGGUAGUUGUGUGCUCUGGUGAUCACUGCCAUUGACCGACUUCAUCCAUUUGACAUUGCGCCCGUAGCUAUUGCUGUGCAACUGGGAGCUCAGUGUUUCUGUAGGUGGAGGAGGAGGAGAUGCUAUUAUUGCGGAGAGAAUUUGCGCGGAGUUACGGGCGGUGGCUGGGUCUUGCUCCAGACAUUGAGGAUCGUUUGCCUCAGAAAUUGUUGUAAACUGGACAAACAAGCAGGCCCACAGCAGGAGUAGUUAUUGCAACUAGAGAACUCACUAACAAGAAGUUCCAUUGGAAGAUUAUUACGACCCGCGGAGGGAUUUCUUUGAGAAGGUUCUGGUCUGCGAAAUAGUAGGCCUCAGUCUUUACAGCCUGAGGAGUAGUCCCAAAUGAUCAUAUUCUUUGAUGGGGUGGAAUUUAUGAUUACUGUUUCUUAUUUAUAGUCGGGUUAACUGGAGUGUAAUGAGUAAUGGUUGUCAGUCACCAAUCUUACAGACCCCUUGUGCGUAUGAUUGAGACCGCAAUCCGGACACCCCUUUUCAUCUUCAGCCGUGGUAGGCGUGUAUUUGCUUCACCAUCGUUCAUUACGUGCACCCUGCUCGUUUGCGCAUUGUAAGUCGGAACCCGCCAUCACGUGGCCCAGUUCAUUACGUUCAACGGCGAUUUCGGGGAUGGUUGACCGCUACCGCACGCAACUUUAUUUGCUCUUAGUGUCUGUCGCGUCAUCUCUUUGAAACACAAAGCAGCUGUAGAAGGUAGUGACUAUUUUUUUAUCAACUUUUUUUAAACAGAUUUUUGUUUUUUGCAGUCAAACCCCCAUUUGGAAUGCCUACGGAGGGAACGUCUCCUGGGAAUGAAAGGAGUGAUUGAACGCUACGAACUCUGCCUUCGAGCAAUGGUUGAUCGCGUUGGUUGGUACUCUAACUUUUAACAUCCUUGCCUAUGACUUCAGUAAGAUUUGCGGUUCUCAGCCAACCAGCAUCCCUCGGUGAGUCGGUAGACCCACACACGAUAGUUCGAUCGUCGCGGACGACGGUACCCAUCUACCCCACGAGGUGAUCGCAAGGGUGACCUGCGGGUGGAUUUGUUUAUGGUGAGACAGACUUGCGAUGCAUCUACCUCACCCACACUUCACGCACCUGCCUCGCUCCGAUGGUAGAACUAAGUAAAAACGCAUGAAAAUGGGCGUGGGCGCAGUAACUAACAAAGAGAGGAGUCCACAUACGCGUACAACACGCAACCUGGCUCCUACUCGACAUGCUCCAAACUGCACUAGAGGGCAUGCUUUCCACGCGAACUCGGUUGUGCACAUUUUUACACCUGACCUUUCACCCGUCAUACGGACACCGCAAACUCUGAUCGCAUGCAUACUACAAGAGCCAUAUAUGAUGUGUGCUUUGACCGCAGUGCGCCACGACUAAUGACUCUGUAUGAGGCCUUCCUAGGGCUUCUGAUUGAUUUUAAGGUUCAGAAGACGAGGUGGCGAGUAAACGUUGUUUUCGAUAACUUCUCUUCAGGCCGGUGCAUUUACUGCCUCCUUGACCGCUCCCCGCAUGGCUGGCAAAAGGCGAAACUAGGAGAAUAGACAGCACGUCCUUACGCGUGCAGUGGCUUCAGGCCAACGUGUGGACCCCGCUGAAGCAUUUCAUGCGAUUUAUAAGGUCCCCUCGAACUACCCUGAGCUACCGGCCAGAGCCUGUUAGCGACAGCAGAAGCGGCCGCCAUCAGGUUACGAAAACCGACCCUAUACGCCCAGAAUAACCUCGCUCAGGCUCCGCGCUUACUGUAGUCAAAGGUUGACUAACCACAUGCGACUUUCUGCACCCGUCCGAUCUUGCCUAGCCUGUAUGUUAAAACUAACUUUUAUCGAUUUUUUCAAUCACUAUACCCCGUUCCCAUAUAACUAUAUCGGCCUGAGGAGAAGUUAUCGAAGGCAACCUUUGCACGCCACCUCUAUGGGAAUUUUCAGAACUCUAAAACAACCCAAUGAUCCCACGGUGUUGAAGGCACCCAAUGGGUACCUACCUUGUAACACCAAGCUUACGUAGGCGAAAGUGAUUUUUAGGCGUCGAGGUAGGUCUUCAGGGUGUCCUUGUAAGGGCGCUUUUGUCCGCCUUGUCUACAACCGUCCAUAACAAUGUUGCCGUAGAAUAGCCGCGUGGGUAGACGCUCGUCAUCCAUCCUCAUGACAUAGUCGCUCCAACACAUUUGCAUCUGUCUCAGUAUGGCGUGCAUACUCAGCGCACUGGUUCUCUCUGGGAUCUCGCAAUUUUUGACUGUUUCCUGCUACUUUAUAUCAGUAUCCUUCAGAGGAAACUGAUGUGAAAAUAAUUGAAUCUUCCCGCUUAGCUUUCAUAAACUGUCUAUUCCUUCGUUGCAUACAGGACUGGAGACGGAUGACGCGUCGGUUCCAGACUAAGUGCUGUGGCCGACUAAAGACCUGGCUGCCACUGGAGAUCCGACUAGCGAUUUUGACUUUGAUCAUGUCUAAUAAGCAAGAAAGCGGUUUGUGUCUCUUUCGUUUUUGCAGCACAAACACGAAGGCGGAUUUCGGGCAAGCUCACCCUCUGUAACGACAAGAAAUUGUUGAAACUGUGUUGUCGAAAGCAGCACAGACUGUCCAGCAUGGUUGUUUUCCUAAUUGCGGCCUAACGAUAUUCCGAAUACUCGUAAAACGUUUGAACAUCGAGAAGACUAGUUUGCGUACCUACGUGACUGUUUGAUAUACCAUCACCAGAACAAUACGAUUAUAUAAGGGGUUGCUAUGGCGUAAAUAAUUCGUUCAAACAUGGUCGUAUGUCGGGUUCCUGCAUUCCCUGUAGGGUGAGUGGAUUGCGUGAGAGUGGGCAAUUCAGAUAUGUGGCAGUAAAGAUGCUUGUUUGCUAUCCUUAUGUAUUGUGCAACUUGCUCUACUUUAACGCUGACGGGCCGUUAAGUGGGGACAUCAUGUGGUAGUUCACCUGCCAUAAUAAACGAUGACCAUCCUCGUCAGAUUGUACUCGUGGUUUGGACGUUGGACGUAAGGCCAGAGGCAAGCAAUUGACAACGAUGACGACGCAGAACCCCUGAUACGACAUACACUACCUUACACCCUGCGCGGAUUUCAAGGUCAACGUCGUACGCAGAUCAGUGUUCACAACGCGGGCCAGGGGCAGGCUAAAGCCAGGUUAACAGUCUGUUGUUAUCUAUUACAUCCUCUGUGCCGACUGCACAGGGUGACUGGACGGAAGUUGGGGACCAGAUCGUGCGAGCACAUAAAUGUUCGAGUCCAGAACAAAGCCACGCCUUCUAGUUUGCCCCCCGCGUCAAUCCCUGAACGCGCCCAGUGAACGAAAACAUGCGAUGUGGUCGAGACGGACGGAUCAGACCGGGGAUUUAUAAGCAGGCGCGCCGGCCCCAUCCUUGUCAUCGUGUUCUGCCCAUCUAGACUGUUGGCCAGCCCAACCUCAUGAUUGGUUAUUUGGCUGAUCAAGGUCGACGCAGCCGGCCGCAAAGACUCCAGUCGGGAUUAGUUGGUUAUUUCCCAACUUUAACCGUUCGCCUUGUCGCUUUACGGCGUCUUCAACGAUGGUUUAAGCUAAUUAGGUCGAAUGUCCCGGCUUUAUGUUUCCCCAAGCGGAUGUCUGAGUAGGCGAGUUGCAACUUUAAUGCACGCCUGUCUCCAGCUGUUUCUGACUUGAAAUUACUUCAGCAUAUUUCCAAGGCAGAUUUCUCAGAAGCAUAUCCACAACAUCUGACUUCUAACUUCUGUAGGUCCGAACUUUAAACGCAGUACCGAACGUAAAAAUGGCGAACUGGACUUUGUGCCGACCAACCUUCAUAUAAAUCGGAUUGGGCUUCUUGAUUCCGAAAAUGGCCUAGGUGAGUCUGCUGUUUUGUACUUCCGCUCUUUUCAUGCUCAUUCCUUAAGUGCAGCUAUAACAGUGAGUCUCGUUGAUUUAGCUUUCGUUACGGAUUUUCCCUCUUCUUGAAGGAUCGUUAAGAAUGGCUGACAGCGGUAUUCUAUUCUCUUCCAUGCGUCGGUUGGAGCAUUUCAUAUAGCUGUUGAUUCAGCAGUUGAAAAGGUCGAAAAAUGUGAGGUAAACGGGUUAUUCUGAUUACAGGUAGUUCACUGAUAACAGUUUGACGCCACAUACAAUAAACAACCGUCGGUCGAAGGACCGCACAGAACAGCUUUCUGACAUUCCUCAGAAAAGAAGACGUCGCAUUGUAAAAAGUCCGAUUCCUAUUAAGUGUCCUCUUUUACAACUCGGCAUUGUAGGAAUUUUCAGUAGUGUUGAGGUUAUGAAAAUGCCGUUUACCGCAUGCUGCAGAAGUUUCAACAGUCGGCUGAUGACCGAUCUUCAAAGAACAAUCGAUAGUGAUAGUGGAUUUGCGCAGCAUCUACCGCACUCUUUCCUCCCUCAUCCUUCUGGGCCCGGUGUCAAAACAGCCAAGAAGAUCGGAGGCGGAAGAGGACGCAAGUGGUUGGCACAGCGUGCGCAGUCCAAUAACCUUAUUCUGAUCUGACCCCCUUGUUGAUACAGCACAACUCCCGCGUGGCCCGUCGUGGGGGACAUUCACUCAAUUGGACACUGCGCCAGAGGUUUAGGCCUCUUAUUCGCCUAACCAGCGCCAAAAUAUUGAAGGAAGGAAGGGUAAAUUGGCGGAUAAGGCGUGUUGCAUCCAAAUUAUCGGGCACUAAAACUCCCGUGUCACGGCGCCGUCAGAUUGGGUAUUCUGUGGGAAGAGCCUGAAAUCGAUUUUGACAGAACAUGGCUUCGAAUUUGAAGUUGUUAGCGUUCCAAGAAAGCUCUCCCUCCUUGAUCAUCCUUUGAAGGAUACUUCGACGAUCGUCAUAACCAGCUAAAAUAAAGACAGGCCUCCCGACGGCGAUAGUGAGUGGUUGUUGCACUUGAAGGACCGAUUUAAGCAUUUCUCAGCCCGCCAUCUCGGGAUGCGUUUGGCGAGACCUUGACUCCAAUUCCCCCCGCCAUGCGCAUCCCCGCCGCCUUCUGCCGUCCACAAUAGGUGUAACCAUUUGGCUCCUUCGGAAGUUGUGGAAUGGAAUAGACCGCCGGUGGACUUUUCCGAUUGAAUGUUUAAGCAAGAAGAGGAGACUUUCAGAGGGUCUGGCCUGCCGUGUGGCGUGCCUCGGGGAGCAUACGCAAUGUCUUUAUACUUACUUUCCUCACAAGGGUCGAAGAUACCGAAUAUUGCAGCCUCAGAGGCACCAAUUUAAUUAUAAUCGUGUCGGAGCUCCCCAUGAGUAUUCUCAUGAGCUGUUCUUUUAUCGCUCAGCCACGCGCUGGCAGGGGAAAAGUGGGUCGUUUUCGCCCGACUGCUUGUUCCACGUAAACAAUCCGUGAGCAACCACAAUGGUCUCGACAGAACACGAUUGUCCGCGUCCGUUUGCAGAGCUAUGCUCAGUCGUCAGAGGCUCCCCUACCGCUAUAUGAACAGGAUCGAGACGUACGAGAACACGCCGGGGAAGGGGGGGGGGGGUACAACCGUAUAGAGAGGGACCCCACUUAAUUGUCAGCAGACUGUGGAUCGUGCCAUACGUGAUUUAUGGUAAAGGGAGUUUUAUGGGUGGGGCAAAACGCUAGACAGUAAGCUGACACAAUGAGAGAAAACACAGAAAUCGCCUGGAUUUAUGCCGACAGUCUUAUCCCACAUUGUUAUACGACAACGGUAAUGAGAAUAGUAAUUAAACAAUGAACAGAAAAGUAAAUUUCACAAAAUAAAGGAUUUUGAGUUAAGAUGUGAGGUCGUGGGAAGUAAUCGUUGUUGGCAGUGUAAUUUGUGCAACAGCCUGCAAGUGUAUGCCAAGACAAAACCCCAUAUGACACGAUCCACAGUCUACUGACAGUUAAGUGGGGUCCUUUUCUAUACCGUUGCCGGAGGGGGGAGGGGUGAUACGGUUGGGGUGCGGGAUGCCUAGCUGUCAAAGUUGACAUAUGUGUCUUAUUAGGAGUCCCUUUUGACCGUGCAAUAGAUGCUGUUCUAACCACAGCACGCUAUAACUGCGAGGACGCCACGGCAGUGCAAGAAACUCUCGCCUCGGAACUUGGCUGUGCCGGUGGAUUAGUAUGUUUGGAAUUUCCUCCGGGCCAAAUUCCUUGGAAUCGGCUCCAUGCACGCAGUACGCAUUUGACGCGGUGGAGACCUUCCUGUACGCUGCGAAUAUCAUCUGCAUACAGAUUCAUCAUAACAAAAGUCGCCAUUGACUGAUUACGUGUUUGUUGUCUAUUCUUGAGAGGGAUUGGAAUGUCACUCGCAGUGGAAUUUUUUGAUUUUGCUGUUAAUCUAAUUUUAAUAUAUUUUUAAAAACCUCUAUGAGACACAUGGACUAGUGCAGAUGGGGGGGGGGGGGUGAGAGAUCGGCCCAUACGACUUUAAGUCCCGACUGUUUUCGCUGCGACAUUCAGCAGAGGACGGAGAUUCGAAUGGAUGGUGCUACAGUUAGAACUGUUCUGGCCUAUGGUUGCGAAACGUGACCUCUGUGUGCUACUGGCUCUAGUAUGAUGCGAGUGUCCGCAAACUGAUGUCUCCGGAGAGUACGGCGGCUGCGGUCCAUGGCUUAUCGAUUUUCCUGGCUAAUAAUGCAGUAAACGGUACCGUUUCAGAUGACAUGGUCGAUCUGAAGUGGACGCCGUCCUCGACACUAUUUUUGUGGAACCGUUCUUCGAAUUACCUUCGUCCCUGUAAUGACCAACUAAGGAAAGAGAAAAUGUCGGACGUGUAAACAACACUAGGCCCGAUAAUGUUAUUCCGCGGGUGCAGUGCCGAACGGUGUGGGAAUUGUUGGGGUCAUAGCCAGCGGCUACCUGAAACAACUAUUUUUGCAACCUUAUUGACCCUGUGGUCGGCUCAAUCAGUCGGGGCAAUAGAACAACUUAUACUUUUAUCAGCCAUCCGCCAACCUUUGCCUCCGUUACCUAAGGAGUAUUGUCCGAUUGUAGAGUAAGUAUAUUAACAAUAAUGGAGUUCUAUGGGUACUAACUUUAGAAGGUUACUUAUGCGUGUUUUAUUGGUCAGACGGUUUUCCGGCGUCAGUACUUGCUGGUGGGCGGUCAUACUCGCAGGGGCCAACCUCUGUGCCGCAGUCUGCUCGCACAUUCCGGCUUUCAUUGGCCGCGAACGCAAACUGGCGGAUAAUCACAUGGCAUUGACAUACAGUGCGUGACCGAUCUCAUGAAAUGUUGGCCAAAAUUCUGGAAUGCGUUUCCGACUAGAAAGGAUUACUUAAGUGGGGUUGUUAUACUGAUUAUCACGCGGCAUAACCCUAUAACAUUUCGGACAUAUCAGGAUGUCGGCUUUUAAAUGCACUUCUUUUUGACCUCCUGCAGAAAUCACACUCGGUAAAAGAUGACUGCUUAAGUAGCAUGCAUUUUUCAUAUUGAUUUUCAGUGGUCUCAUAAAUACAAAUAUAUUUUAUAGAACACGUGCACAAAAAUAUGCUUCAUUUUACUCAUUUGGUAGGAAAUCACAUUGACUUUAUAUUUUAUGCCCGAAGAAAGUGUGUAUUUAGGUUUUAAAAAAGUUUCUAAUUAUGAGAUUAUUAAGACCGUGCGAUGUCCAUGCAUGUAAGACUUCACUAGUCCGUUUACUAAUGCUUCUCAUGAAAUGUAUAACACAGUUCGGAUCAAUUGCCAAAUUUCAUGAACUCUUUGUGGUAUCUUCUUAAAGGCAUAGAGGAAUAUAUAAUUUUCCUUACGUGGAAAGCGUGCGCCUUGUAGACUGAAAUUGCUAAACGCUGAUGCAAUGGCAGAUCAGGCUGAAAAUCAUUCGGGAUCGGGGAACUCCUUUAAAACCAAAAUAUACACUUUCUUCGGGCAUGAAAUAUGAAGACAAUGUGAUUUCCUACCAAAUGAGCAAAAGAAAGUAUAUUUUUGUUUAUGUUCUCUAUAAAAUAUAUUUGGAUUUAUAAGACCACAGAAAGUCAAUAGGAAAAAUGCAUGCUACUUAAGUAGUCACUUUUUACCGAAUGCGGUUUCUGCAGAAGGUCAAAAUGAAGUGCAUUAAAAAGCCAACAUCCUGGCGAGUCCGAGAUGUUAUAGGGUUAUGCCGCAUGAUAAUCAGUAUAAUAACCCCACUUAAGUAAUCCUUCCUAGUCGGAAACGCAUUCCAGAAUUUUGGCCAACAUUUCAUGAGAUCGGUCACGUACUGUAUGCAGCCCUUGAACUAGACACUAGUUGGGUUUAGAUAAAAUCGCCUCCUGGCUGGGAAAUUACGUGCCUUUGGUAGGUCUAAUGUCAGACAUGACGCCCAGUUCUUAUAGGUGACGUCGUAUUAUUGCCUCUGUUAUUGACACUUUCCUUUCUGCCUUGUCUCCAUCCCAUAGCUGUUACAGAAAACGCAUGCUUCCGAUAAGGACAUCACAUUUCCCUCCCGCCUCCUUCCUUUACUGUUGCAGUCUCCUUCCACGACAUAACGUCGGUGGGUGCCUUUUCCACCGCCUCUUCGCGGUACAAGUGUCGAGGCCUUUUCCAGACCGCCUUUUCCAAUGCCAGCGGCGACGUAGGUCAACCCUUCCCACCAAGUCGGCUGAGUCUGGAGGACAUUGCUGACCGUCUGCCAUCUACAGCCGCCGUGCUGCAACUGGAGUCACAUCCUGUAGGCGUCGCCAUCAAGCGUCUCGCAGACGGCGCAGCUCUGGUCGUGCAACUGCACUCGGACCUCGGAGAACUGAAGACACGCUUGCAGGCAGUGGGUCAAGCCGUCCUCUUGACCGAGCGUCUCGACAGCGAUGUGAGUUCCUUUUUGAGGGUCUGCUAGAAGUUAGUCUUGCCCCGUUCCUAUAUCCAUUCCCUAUCCAGAGUUUCGUUUGGACGCCACUUCUGCAAACCUUAUAAACUGACUUUGUUCGAGAAGCUUUACUUCGAAAACCUUUCUCUCUCAGGUAGUGUUAUUUUAAAACUCGAAACAUCUGGCCAGUCUUGUUUUUUUGUUCGGAAGAUAAACCCUUAGGAUGCAAAGACGCCAAGACCGUGAGGAAUGUCAAUAUAUCCUGUAAGAUGUUCGACACACAGUCAGUCAGUUACUUAGUUAAUUCCCAAGAUCGCUGUGUCGGUCGCAAUCUACUCAUCCACUGGCAGCCAGUCGCAUCCAGCCUUCUUCGCCGCCACAGAACGAGGAAAAACGAUAAAAUAUAGUGGUUGGGCAACCAAGUGAGUUGGCAACGUCGAAAAAUGUAAUUGUUCCAUUGGUCACUGAAGGAUUGUCGCGCAUAGCUGCUGACUUUGAUUUUCCAUGCAGACGAAUGGACUCGGGGCGAUCCGUAGGGUUGUUUUGAAUAAUUUUUGUGUGUAAGGACAUAGAUCGAUUUCCUUACAAGAAAUAUAGGCGUUUUAAGUUCCCAAGUUCUUCCUGCCUGACGCUGGGCUGUAACAAACUGCCGACUUCAAAUAAACAUGGAAUGACAAUUAUGAUUUUUUACCUUUCCUGCUAAUAUUUGUCCGUUUGCCUACCCAUGCCAUGACGCGUGGUAUUCAUGCUUCUUGGAACAUUAUAGACGGAUACCCAAGGUAGCUUCGAAAGUGUGUGAAAAUGACUGCCACGACUUUAUGCGUACUGGGUAUUGCGUUUAAUGUAGCUUGCGUCGUCUAGUGCCGGCCGGAAGUGUUGUUGCUGUUGCGCGAUGGGCUGCCUUCUCAAAUGUCUGGUCCUGACGCUAACCCCAAAAAAUCGGCCAAGACUGUUGAUGCGGUAGUGACGCGUAUCCGUUGAUACAUCAUCGGGCCCUCCAUCCUCCUCAACUCCCCUCUCUUGAAGUCCGCUGUCGUCAUUCAGUGCUGUUCCCGCCUCUUCUCUGGUCGUCACUGUCUCGGCAGCCUUCCUUGUAUGCCGCGUCCCUCUUCGUCCCAGUUUCUUUUGGGGCUAAUCUACUUUUGCUACACUCUUAUGCAGCCAAGAUGGCCGCAAAGUUGUCCCCGUUCCUUUCAUCUCGUACACCCUCACCUCUGAGGUGAACCGCCUGGGAGUUAAUUAUAAUCUCGAUGACUAGACGAUGGCUUUAUUUAAACCAUUCAAUUUCGAUCUGACUCCUGUCAGAGGGGGUAACCUCGCCGUCCAGGGUUUCUCUCAGCCUUUUGGCUAACAUUUUGUGAGAUAACACAUCUGCUCUACCUGCAGUCAGAACCUUACCGUACCCUAAAGCCCAAAGGCAUCCCAGAUUUACUAAGAUUAGGAGGCCUUGUACAGGCUCGGUCUCAUCCCCCCUCCCCUUCGCACCGUGAACCAAUGGAAAUACUGCGUCAAGCCCAACUACACAUGACGACGAGCUUGCGACAACGCUGCAAACACGAUCUCACCGCCGACCCGAGAACGAGUAACGAGGGGCAGUGAAUGUUAGGCUAAAGUUGGUGGCGCAAAUUCAGAUAUGGUGAGGUCGGUUUAAAAGUGGUCACGCAUUUAUAAAUGCAAGGAGACGUCGUGUUCGGUCCUCUUAUUGCAACUUCAUAACUUGUCCGGCCAGCACUGGACAACGCAAGCUAUACUAAACGCACUACCCAGUACGCAUAAAGUCGUGAAAGUCAUUUUCAGACACUUUCGAAACUACCUUAGGUAUCCUGUCUAUACCGUUUCAAGACUUUGGAAUGCUAUGGUGGAGCUAGUUUUCCUCUUUGUUCCGCAAUUUGACGCUAAACAUCAACGUCUGCCGCUCUGGCACUGCUAGCUACAGCUGCAUCUUUAUGACAUGCUAUCACCGCUGCCAGCACGACAAUACAACCCUCAAAGGCCACAUGCAAUACUGCUGCUUUUCAGAAAGAGGGAUAAAAAGGAGCAACGAGUAUUUUACUGACAACUUUUCGGUAUGCUCAGUUGUUCAGGAUAUAGGGCAGUUGCAGGGUAGCUAGGCAAAAGAACUGUACAGCAUCCAAAACUUCCAGUUGCCGUCUGGAGCUGAUUUGGAAAUGUACUGUGUUGAGGACAAAAUUGCACGACUGCAGUGAUAUUCUCUAGUUAGUUGCUUUUUAGAUGGGAAAGCAGUCGUCUCUCUUAUUUUCGUUUCGUUGCCUUGGGCGGAAAAUCGUCGCUGCAGAUUGCGGUGGGCUAGAUAAAUGGCAUCAAAAUCCCCGAAUUCGAGUAAGGUCCGCUGGAGGUGUAGAGACGAAAAGACCCACUUUCGAGUCCUGCGACUGCGGCAGAUUGUCCGUACAUCAUCUAUGUUUCUGCUACCAUCUGCAGAUCUUUUGGCACCAGUCUGUAUCAUCCUAUGAAGAGCAUGCCCUUUCUUGCGUUAUUUACAGAUAUCUACGUUCAAUGCACUUCUCUCCUCCUACUCUGACGUCUUUGCCUCUGAGGUGGCUGCUGUGCAUGAGAACCACGAGGAGCUUCUUCAUAGGAUCGUCCUUUUGGCGACUUUUGAGAAGAUGCAGACCGCGUCGUUAAAGUAAAUUUCUCUUUCAUCUCCUACCCUUUGAGCAAUGCUCUUUUUUGGAGUUAUCCACCCAUGGUGCUCUUUUAGUGAUGAGCACGACUUCCAGGAUCGGCUUGAAGGGCUUAUCAUUCGGGUCGUUUUUCCGGAGAUCGUCACUUCGGUUUCCUUAUACGAUUCCUAUUCGUUGCAAAUGCGCCAGUGAAUCCAUCAUUUGCGGCCUAGUUGUGACGCCCACACCUCCCACAAAGCACGUUUAUCCCCAAGCUUAAUUACUUGCAGGGGGUCUGACUUGAACAGUCUUAAUCAGUCCUCACGACCAAAUCAAAACUCAGGCUCGGUCGCAGUCCUGCAGUUAAUAGGAUGAAAGUGAUAUUCCCAGCCUUUUGGGCAUUAUUUGAUGCCGGUUUCACCUCUACUUAUUAUCUGAAUUGUCUUCCACGACACUCCUAACCGUCGCCGACGAGUCGCGUACCCCGUGACUGGACCAACACAAAGUUAUGAAGUUUCAAUAAGAGGACCGAACACGACGUCUCCUUGCAUUUAUAAAUACGUGACCACUUGUAAACCGACCUCACCAUAUCUGAAUUUGAGCCACCACCUUUAGCCUAGCGUUUACUGUCCCUCGUUACUCGUUCUCCGGUCGGCGGUGAGGUUGUGUUUGCAGCGUUGUCGCAAGCUCGUCGUCAUAUGUAGUUGGGCGUGACGCAAUAUCUCCAUUGGUUCACGGUGCGAAAGGGAGGAGGGGAUGAGACCGAGCCUGUACAAGGCCUCCUAAUCUUAGUAAAUCUGGGAUGCCUUUGGGCUUUAGGGUUCGACAAGGUUCUGACUGCAGGUAGAGUAGAUGUGUUAUCUCACAAAAUGUUACUCGAAAUUCUGCAAUGCCUCUGCGAUUAGGAAAGUUUGCCCAAGUGGGGUAGUACGACUAACUAUCGCGCAACAUAAUCAUAAGGCAUUUUGGUCAUGUCAGAAUGCCGGCUUUUGAACGAGUUUUUUUCGGCUGUCGGCAAGUAGUGUGGAUUUUUUCCAUUGAGUUUCGAUGCCCUUAGGCAUUCAAAUAUAUUUUAUAGAAAACGCGCCAAAGAAUACUAUUUCUUGUGCUCAAUUGGUAGCAAAUUACGUCUUCUUCAAGCUUGAUACUUGAAGGAAGGGUACUUUUCGCUUUUAAGAGUCUCCACUUUUGAGAUUUUUUACCGCUGCGAAGUGUCUAUCCGUAAUGCGUCCUUUCCGUCUGUUUAUUAACGCUGCUCGUAAAGUAUACGACACUGUCCAAAUCCACUGCAAAACUUUACGAACCCUAUAUGACACCGUCUUAAUAGCAUAUAUAAAUAUGUGAUUUUCCUUGCAGGGAGGAUAUACAGCUUGUAGUUAGGAAACCCUGAAUAUAAGUGCAACGCCAGGUCGGGUUCAAAAUUAUUCGAGAAUUGAGGUUUGUAAAGCAAAAAAACUCUUCCUUCGAGUCCAAGAUUCAGAGAAGACGUAAUUUGAUAACAAAUGAGUAAAGGAACGAAUAUUUUUUAUGCAUGUGUUCUAUAAAAUCUAUCUGAAUGUAUUGGGGUUUCAAAAAUAAACGGAAAAAUUCAUACUACUUAAGCAGUUAUUUUUAUAGUAUGGCUAUUGCAAGCAGCCGGAACGAAACUCAUUCGAAAGCCGACAUCUUGACGUGACCGAAAUAUCUCAUGAUUAUCCUGUGCCACAGUUAAUCUUGCAACAUUACUUAAGUCACCUUUUCUAAUCAAAGACACAUUUCAUAAUUUCGGGUAUAACUCAGUCCUUCGGGCUGCUGGCCAGGCCGGAAUAGACUCUUUGAAAUAUGGUUUUGUGACACCCCACCAAUGUAGGAUCAGAGCGAGUAAAUUCUGCUUCUGUGGUACAGAAGAGACCAGCCUAGCUGUGGCGCACAUAUAUGGAUGUUUAGGCCACGCCAACUGCUAUACAGCAUCCAGUCUUCGGUGAUUUCGGUUCCGUCUUAUCAGUAAAACCUGAUAUGUGUUCAAUGAGGUGGGUGCUGCGCAAGCCUUUCACUUUAGUCCAAACCGCGCUCGUCACCACUGCCUUUCUAGGCAUUGGCUGUUCAUCUCAAUUUUGGUGAGCGAGUGAAAAUUGGAGAGUCUGAAUGCACACCCCAGCUUUUUGAGUUCUUUGGCUAAAAAUUGAACCACACUUUCGGGCCGUAACUUCACAUACCUGUUUAACGAAACCGACUACUCCCGAUUUCCUCUGUUGUACACUCUGUCAAAAAUCGCACUCUACCACUAAUCGUCGUCAGCGCCAACGGGGUGGUAGCCUUGUUUCUAUAAGUGUUACGUUUUUCCCUCCUACUCAUAUACCGGAACCUUUUUCAAUUUAUACUUGAUUCUUUCCAACUUCUUGCUUUUGUAUGUCCCUAAUUUGUCUCUGUAUUUGUCCCCAAAUUAAAGCACCCCAACCAGUCCUUUCGGCCCGACUGCCCAGAAACCCGUUGACUUUUGUGAUCUUGAGGGUCUGGAAAGGCCCCUCUUGCUUCAGCAGAUCAGCGACUCGGCGGCACGCCUUGACGCCAGCCUCACUCGAGCCUGGGAGCGUGCGGAAGAAAGCCUGUGGACGACGGUGCUUAAAGGUAUCAUCAACUCGGCGGCGUGCAAUGGCAGCACUGACGGCUGCAGUUCGGUGGCGGCUGCUGCUGCUGCUGCUGCCUCUGUCUCCUCCGAGAUAACAACUGCAGUACCGACAUCGACACCCUCGUCAGCCGACCUGGCCGCUGCCUCGAAUCUCUGGGACAACGUGAACUACCGGCACCAUGCCGUUGUGUGUCAGGUACUGCGGUCUUAGUGCGUGAACGCUCUGUGUACGGCGGCUGGCAUAGUGGGGGGGGCUUGUUUGAGUUUUUUCUUGGCACCCUUAUUCCGGCAAUAAAGUAAAUAUGAGGGUAUAGCUUGCCGCCAGAGGAAUGACUUGUAUACAACUCUGCAUGCGAGAAUACCCUAAAACCACCGAAGGAGACUUGAAUUCACAGUAAUUUCCAUGACAAACUUCGUUACCUUGACGUUCGCUGUCCCCUGCGGCUUAUCUCCACAGUCAUCGCUUCGGCAGAGCAACUGUACAAACGUCUGGAGUUAGCAGCAUACAUGCACCUCGGCGAGGCCAAUGCAUUCCCUACCAAUGGCAGGUGAUUCGGAGCUAUCCUCCAUGCGCCAACCUCAUAUCACCGACGAUAGGAAGCACACUUGCACCACUAGAUGACUUGGAGUUGGUGUUGGAGGAGCACGAACCUGGUAGUUGUUAAUGACGACAGGAAAAUCAGUCGCCUCAUCCACUGUAAGGACUAGAGUUCAGCUUAAUGGCGCCCGAUGUAACCUGCUCCCACGAGGCCGUCUCAUUUCGUCACUGUUAUUCGAUUACGUGUUAGGCUGGCCUCGUUCACUCGUUGUAGGUCGUGGUGCGUGCAUUACUGCUUGGUGACCCUUGGAUGCUGCAAAGGCCCUUUACAGAAACGCACCAUAUUUUGUCUCUAAUGAUUGCGGAAACAAUCAAAGUGGGUUUAAAAUCAAUUCAUCCAAGACGACGAUUGUCCCCGCUAUCGUGGCCCGUGAGGUUCUUGUUUUAACGAACAAUUUCUACCACCUUGGGUCAGGUUUCCAGGACAAAGACAAAAUCGAUCAGCGGCCCGGCCUGUUGCACGCAACUUUUUUAGAUUAAUUUAUGCGAAAAUUUGUUUCCGACCAGCCACUAUGUACGGUGUCUGGCUUUAUUCUGAACGUUUGCGCGGGUUCUGGUUAUGGUUUUUGCGCUGAUGUUAUAUCCAUAGACUAAAAAUACACCUCAAAUUGUUGUUGGGUUGUAACUGACCCACCGCACCCACCUUUUUCACCGACUGAGUCCAGCGGGGCAUGUAAUGCGCCUGCUUGAAGGUAAAGUGUUCCGCAAAGUAAUUUCGUCCUGACACCACCCUUCUUAGUGACUGCCGAAAUGGGCGGAUUCAAUGAAAUUUGUCCCCCAGUGCAUCUCUGCUCUAGCUGUUUGUGGUUUUCUUGUCUGGCCUGGUAAACGGUUGACAGUAGGUUGGUCAUGUGUUGUAAACCUACUACAAUGGGAAUCGAUCAUUCCAGACGGGACUGAAUUGUUGUUUUCUCCCGUCUUGCUCAUUUACUACGAAAAUAGGAACCUGCGCGAGAGUGGGUUAUCCGCAUCGAUGAAACCUGGGAGUCGUAGAGCACGCCAAAGGCCUCUCUACUGUACAUGAAGUCAACGGUUCUGUAGUGUUGGUCAAUAAGUUCCCUGCCGUGCCCCUUAGGAACGAGAUUGUCGCAGAGGUGUAGUCGGUCGGAUCUUAGUUCGUAGCCGCACUUGCCGUAGACAAGCCCCAGCCGCUUGUCAUACAGGACCAGUGGUAAUAGGGAGUUUAACACUAACCCCUAACACCAACCCCCAACACUAACCUCUAACAGGUGCGACUACGAAAUAAGAUCUUGCCAUGUAGCCAUUAAGGCUACCAAGAGUGUUGCUUUACCCUCCGUAACCAGUACCAAACAUUUUUCCCGGUCGCGUUUGGAUGCAGCGGACCUUGUUCAUUACUGGGACAGUGUUGGUUGCCGUCCUUCCGUCAGCCCAUCUUCCAUGCUUCCAACCCACUGAAGGCCCAGACACCAGUUUUUCGGAUUUCCUAUUGUUGCAAGAGGUUCAAGUCCUUGCAGUGCCCCGGCACUUCCAACGCGGAUUCCUGUAGUUACUUUAGGUUUUCACUGUUGGGGCUACACUCACAUCGAAGGCAUAACAGGUGAAGAUAGACUAAAGCCAUCGGACAUGACCUUUCAGACUCUGUUCAAUGUGUGUUUUUGUGCAUUUUGGUUGAAUUCUACCAACCGCAGCGGAAAAACGACACAGUGGUAACUUCCACAGACCAACGGUAAAUGACGUGCUUACAUAACAAAUUGCGUCAACACUCACCAAACACGGGUUCUGGUCCGAAUCUGAAAGACCUUGUGCCGAAACAUCUUCGUUAAUUCCAGAUAAAACUAUAGACUGUUUUUUUCUCCCAAGAGCGAUCAUCUAGUCAUUUUAGAAACUUGGAUUCCCCUAUCUUUUGUAGCGAGUAUGAUUCCUACUUUUACCCAUGUUAGUAGCGCAUGUUUAUAGAAUAUCACCCCGACAAGCGGCCCUAUUUUGCCACUGCACUCUAGGCGCUAGCGGCGAGUCUUACUGGACUGGCGGUGGCCGUGACACGCUGGUUGACGGUUCAAUGGCAACAGAUGAUUGAGUGUGGCGUGCCACUCUACUUUGAGGGCCUUCUCAGCUGUUACGGUCAGGAGGCGGAGAUGCUGGAGAAUUGGGCCUGGGCCAUCCAAUUUCUCGUCUACUGGAGCGUUAUUGUGCGGCCGGAUGGGCGAACGGUUGACAACACUGCCGACAACGAAAAAGCCGCUGUGGAAAUUGACACCACAUCCGCGAUGCCCGUUAGUGCAUCACCCCUCGUUCGCAUUACCGGCUACAAACAGUGCGUGGUGAGUUGGGACUACUUGAUUGCUCAGCCGUUGGUGUCGUGUAUUUCUUGCUUAUAGGUUUUACAGCUCAUCAGGCAGCCUCAGUUGUAUGGUGUAUCAAUUAGCCUGAUAUCGCAAGCAGUCAAUACCAGUUCUAUAUCGAAAAAGUCGCCGCAUAUGCAGUUUACUAUAAUUCAUCUGCAGAAUUUUUGGAACGUCAAGUGAAUGUGGUUCUUCAUAGACAAGAUUAUGGAAAGGAUGUUCGUUUCACUUUGCCAUGGAGCUCCAAGUUAAGCACCUGUAAAGCGACAGCCAGCCAGCAAAGUAGGAGUACUAGUAAACGAGUGAGACUAAAGCUAUCAUCCCCUAUCCCCCAGACCGAGCAGACCUGAGAUCUGAACCCGGUCUCAAGAACGCAGUGUGCGACGCUAACUGGUCUCAUGCUUGCGGUUUUUGACGGGUCCUUCUUGACGGUAGUUUAGACGAGAUCCACAGCGGCUUUCAAUGGUGAAAAAAGCUUAUUUUAUACGCGGCCUUCCUGGGUCAGAAUUCUACCUAAUCCCUUUCUGCUUCUAUCAGUUGACCAUUCCGCAGUCGGCUUGGAAACAAGUGCCCCCUGAGUACCAGACGCGUGGUUCCGUUGUCCUCUACCUCCGUCCGUACGCCUUCAACGUUGGCAUUAAUGAGCAGCAAACGAUUGCCGAGAGGUGAGUUCCCUCUAAAGUUUUUCUUUACUGAGAAGGGCCAGAAAUCCUUGUUUUCGCUCAUUUUCCCCUAUGCCUCCUCCAUAAAAGUGACGGGUUUCUUGACAACAGUCUUCUGUCAGCUGAUUACAAAGAAUGGAUUUUAAACGGCCCAGUCAAGAUGUCGACUUACUUUUUAGAAGGCGACCUGGCAGGCAUGCGUUUGUCUUCGGUAAUUUACCAUUAGGCUUAAACAUUUGUAUUGUUACUGGACCAAUUACGACAUGCAAGCCGGGGAACAGAAGAGGAUAAUCUCAUGCAGUCACUUUCAUCUGGUCGGGGCAGGGACGUGCAUUUGGGGGGGGGGGGGGGGCGAAGAAUUGCAUGCUGUUAGCGGGCUAAUUGACUUUCGACCAUGACAAUUGAGGUUCAUCUGCGAGUAACACGAGUGCGACUCUUUCUACAGUUGCCAGUAGAUGCUGUCAGUGUGGUUUUGGGUAGUGAGAUGAGACCUUGUAAAUCACUCAGAAGGCGUCUUUGAGUCCUCACGAUGCUGGGAACAACAUGAGGUAACGCCGCUUAUGUUUCUAAUUUCACUGACCUGACCUUCUUGCUGGAAAAAAUGCAUACAUUCUGCUUUUACACCAACGCUGGACUAGACUCCUAACAGGCGGUCGUAUAGCGACGGGCGGUCAAUAAUUGAAGUGUUGUCCAUUCUCUAUUAUUUAUUAAAGAUCUCGAGUUAUUACUUACACAGAUAUGCGAUCGUAUGAAGGCUUCGGUCUGGGGCCGUAAGUGAACGUGGAACUCCGCUCUAACACAUGCAACCAGAUGAGACUACUGAAUGGCAUCGCAUAGGACUUGGUUCUCGAUUGCACCUGUUCCGAUCGUGGACCCGUGGGUCAGUCGGUAGAAGGUUCUGCUGCAAGGCCAUCUACGCCAUAGGGUUGUGGUUGACUCAGGACCGAAUUUAAGACAGAAACCAAUCGAUCCCACAAAGCUAAAGGGAUUCCCCUGUGUGACGUAAUGGAAUCACCGACUCUUGAAUUCACACUGCGUGUCCAACCUGUAGGCCAUCGUAUCCACGCGUACAAACCGCCCUUAUUAAUCGCUAUUGCCUAUUUCCUGACCCCCAGGGUAACCGGAUGACUGCCGCCUUCUGUUUCCAAGAUUCGAUCUUGAAAAUAUCCAACUUUUGGAACUUUCGAAUAUACUAAAUGUCUAUCGAUAUCUUUUAUCCACCGCACCUUCCACCCCACUCGGGCCGUAUAGCCGUAAGCAGUUAAUGCGCAAACGUUCUCUGGAAAAGACGUGGAGUGGCCGUUUCCGGCUUAAACAACAGAUUUGGGUGGCUGGGGAUCAAAUGUCAAUUAACUCUCCUUCCUAACUGGUGGACUGAGGACACAUACUCUGUUUUAUCCUGGGUGUUGGUGACAUAAGCAACUAGAUGGGUCUGAUGCAAACAUUAACUUAACUCAUUGACAUUGAAAUCGUUCAAUGCACACUUUUAAUGUCACUAGAAAGUUCAGGCUAGUAGAAUUGUCGCUCCGUCGGUUAUUUCAUAUUAUUCAUUACAACCAGAACCUAGGAGUCCUACAUUCGCCUGCGUUCGGCUGGUUAACCGGAUCGGACAGACUCAAGGGAGGGGUCGACUCUGUGGAACCCAUCCCCACGACACUGCGCGCAUAUUCCUUACUACACGGAGUCUAACAGGUCUUUAAAGUAUUACGGUGCGCUAAAAAAGCGGCCUGGAAGACUACUAACUGACGGGAUGUCUUGGUCCUCCACCCAGCCGGAGAGUCAGGUUGCAACGGCAUCUUAAUUUGGCCUUUAUGGGAUUCUCACUCAAUUGGGAUCCCUAUUUGUUGUUUUGACGAAAUCCUGGUGCGCGGACCUGGCGGUGUUGUGGCAUGCCUAGGCGCAAGUUCACAUCGAGCCAGCCACCCGCACCCGAUCCCACUUCUGUACUAUUAUCAUCAUGAAAUGGACUGCAAUCGAAUGGGGCUCCAGUAACUUUAGUGAACUUUGUCGAUCAUCCCUGCGACAGUUGCCGUCAACAGCCUGUAACAUUGACAGUGAAGUGACACUCAUUUUGCCCUUCCUUGACAUGCAUAUUUUCUUCAUUUCCUCUCCUUCCAGACUGGAGAAGACGGGGUUGCAAACAGCUAUCAACGCUCAGGGUCUGAGCAGUCUGCAAAACUAUUUUGACAAGUACACCAAGAAGUUUGGUGCGCCAGGUGUGUGUGGGCUUGUCCUUUUGUCAGCUUUGGGCCCAUUAAGGUGCUUUUAAAUCUCGAUUUUGGAGGAUAAUGCACUGGCCACCUUUUUUUACUGUUGAGUGCAUCUAAUCUAAACUCCUAAAGCCUCCCUUGAAAGUCUGCUGAUAUUUGUUGAGAACCCAGUCCUUAUGUAUAUUCAAGGUGGACAGACUUUUAAAAUAUUUUUGUGCAUUAAUUCAUUAACAGUUGUGUACUUGCUUUCUAGAGUCCUUUAUAUCCUUUUGAACUCCUUUAUUUUCAAGACGGAAGUACUUAAGCAGUUGCCGUUUCUUCAAACUUUCAGAGAAAGAAAACAUAAAUUUACCUCUAGUCACUAGGAAUAGGGAAAAAGUUAGUACUUCUGGAGACUACUCAGGCUUUCAAGUCCAAUAGGGCACUGGAAUUUUUUCCCCAAAUUCACUCAAAGUAAACUUACUUCCCUAUGGCUCCCUUCUCAUCAGUAAAAGCCGAGAAUUUUGCACCAUAUUAUACGCAACUUCUUCGUGUUCACCAGAACGUUCCUGAUCUCUCACGCCUACUACUUAAGCACGAGUUUCGUUUUUUUACAUCAUACAGAGAGAACCCCAGCGAAUGAAGACGUGUGUGAUCUCAUUGUUAGCAUCAAACACAUCCUUGCGUCCAAUCGUUCAAAGCCCGUUGAUAUCUUUGAACUGGCUGCCCGCAUCUCCCUCUCGCUAAAUGCCAUACGGUUGACCUCCUGCAAAUCGGCCAAAGAUAGAACAGGCAUGGCUAUCUCUCUUGAGCAGGCCCGAUGGCUACGAGUAAGUAGCCUUCUAUCCACCCUUAAGCCGAUUUUGACCUUUGUCAUCUGGACCUAUUUAAGUUAUUCAGCCUACGCCGUUUUGAUUGCAUGGGCAUGCAUCAUUUGACACGACUUUUUCUUAUCGAUACUUUAUUUGUGCUUUCUUCUAACUGAAGGUCGUUCGUGUUCCCGGUUUAUUGGGGAUUUUUGAAAGUUAGGGCAUGUUUAGCUGUGGUUACGUCAUCUACCGCACACGGCACCAUUGGUGCGAGGUGCUAAAUUAUGGUGCGUAUUGACAGUGACGAAUUAGAAAGAUUUUACGCAUCAGCAACUCAGAUAUAAUUGGCUAAAGUGGAUACGCGAGUCUCUGCUGCUCGCAUGUUCUUUUGGCCUUACAUGCCAGCAUCCGCAUUGCUGAUGACUGGAUGAACCCCUCCCCCCGUCCCUGGACAAAAAGGUUGUGUGUAUACAGUGCCCAGCCAGGGCUAGUCGCGCUGAGUAGGGGACAAUCGUGAGAAAGGCCUACCUGCACGAGAUGGUUACUCUGAACUAAUUCCACCCCGCGAAUCUGUGUCGGUCACAGCAGCCACUACCCGGUAAUCGUUUUGCCUGGUUGACGAGACCAUAUGAGGGAUAAAUCAGCGCAUUCCAUCCCUUGGUGUCUAUAUAUUUCUUUGUGGAGCCUGGUUCUGCUAUGAAUAGGCCAGCACCUGUGUGGCAUGCCAUAGGAGGGGACUUACACCCGGUGAGGCACCGCGUGCGAACUCCCUCCCCCUCGGUCAUCUUGACUUAUUCUUGUCACCGAAGAACAAAGGGUAUAAUGAGAGGAAGGUCGGUGUUGUGUAAACUUUUCCCACUAUAAUAUCAUUUACGUGCAAACCACGACCACCCGUCCUGUUAGACUGGCCAAGUAGUUGACCAAAGUGGACUUUCCACGCGUGCCUAGAGCUUUUACGCCGUCCUUGUCGUGCUGAAGUACAAACGAGUCACUGCGUCUGCGUAGGGUUAGACGGUCUGCUGGAGACCAUUUUGUGCAAUCAUUAGGCAGUUUAAGUUUUGUUGCAACAAAAAUUGGUGUAGAUGCUGAAUAUUUAGGAAUUACGGGCCCGAGGAUUCGCAUCCAGACAUUGUAACUUCUCCUAAAAGUUGUUAAAUUACUUGCCGAAGAAGAGUUAAAAACUCGAAUUAAUGCUUGAUCCUGUCUUCCGAUAUGUUCCGGCACGCAUCUUGUUUGUUCGACUUGACUCAUCAGUAGCAUAUUGUGGCACGGCCUCCGCAACUAGGCAGUCCUAGCCUCUCCACGUACUUGUUUGCAUUACGUCUGAUCUGUUUCCGGUCUCACAGAAUGUGGAGUGGAUGAAGCCGGACACUUUCUCCUCAGCCCUCAAGUGCAUCCGCAGCACUGGUCUGCGGUUAAGCAAUACGGAGAAGAACGUCGGCGUGCGCAAGUACGCCUUUACUCGUCUCCAACUCCUCUCCUUUCCCCGCCUCUACCGACCGCCCGUCGGAACAUACUCUCUCUACGCUGCAACCUGA